GGACCACACGGUGGUCCCGUUCCCGCUUCUCCCUGCCUUCGUCUUUCCGUCGGCUCUUUCGCCCCGGAGUUAGUCGGCGGCGAGCCGGCUAAAGGGAUAAUUAUAGCGCAAUUAUAAUGAUUGCGCCGAUAAUUACGAUUAAUAGCAACGUGUAAAAUGAUAAUUAAAUCGGCAUCUUUUAAUUUCGUGCCGAUCGCGCGCUCCAAGUCGGCCGCGUAAGCCUCGCGCCGGGGUCUUCGAGAAAGACUUGAAUCCCGCGUGAUGCUCUUUUUAAUUCGCCGCUGCCACCUCCUCGCGUUUUAAUGCUGGUAAAUUAUUUUGAUUGCUUACUCAGGACGAAUGAAUCUUGAGAGCCUCGUAAAAUUCGUACUCGGUUUGAUAUAUUUUUACUCGCGACUAUUCUGCUACUAUUUACGUUUAAUUGCCACCUUCCUGGUUUCGUGCUUUCUUUUCAUUAGCAAGCUGCGUUAAUCACUUAUGCGAUGUAUACGAAAGGAGAGCAGCGAUAUAAUUUUUAAUAUAUAAUUUCCAACCUGCCCCUCCCCAAUGAAUAAUUCCGUGCGGUCCGCAAAAUACUAAUACCUCGUUCAAUCUCUUGUUCGCAUUGUCCCCCCCGGAGCUUUUUAUUUGUCGACUCUUCCGCAACUUUUCUUCUCACAUUUACGACACGUUAACUACGCUUCGUUUCAUUAAUAUUCCAUUAACACCUCAUUAAUUUUACGCUCCACCUUGGAGGUUCCUCAGCGUAUUCUCCGUGUCAUCUUCAUAUCUUUUAUUAAUAAUAAUAUUUCUUAACUUCAGCACACAUGCCAAGAAGUGGACUUGGUUCACAAACAGUGCCUCAACUCACAUUUGUACCCUCACACUCCCUUACAGCUAUUCCGCCUAAUUCCGGUAGCUCAAGUUUUUAACCGUGUACGUUUUCCGUAAACGCAUUUCCUAUUUUACAUUCUUUUUACUUGCACUUACGUUUCCAUUUCCUCGCUAACAUACGGCUAUCCCUACCUAUGAUAAUAAGUAUCUUUUAUUAUCUUGUCUUGUGCAACAAACUCUUUGCUGUGCCAUCGGGUGUGUUGGCGCUAAAGACACCCAAAAAUUGAGAACGUAGACUAACGCAGAAGAGAGCGAGAGUGGAAGUGUACGAGGGGCGAGAUAGCCCCCGUCGAGGUGCGCGAUUUUUCGUCCAGUCUUCUCUAGGUGCGGCUUUGCCCCGCGGUUCUCCACGCGAAAAAUUAAAAGACGAGAGUCGAGGCCGGAGAGUCGAAAAGAAAUCGCUGACUAUUUUCUAGCUGACUAUACGACCCUGCUGAAGCUGAAGGCGCCGACGUGGACGCGGCACGAUCUCCAGGAGGCGAUCGAGGCCGUGGUGACCCAGAAGAUGCGCUUCACCCAGGCGUCGACCAAGUACGGCAUCCCGAAGGGCACCCUCUACGACAACAUCCUCGGCAAGUCCAAGAGGAUGAUGAUCCUCGAGGAGACCGCCCUCGAGCCAGGCGAGGAGUCGGCGGUGCUCGAGUUCUGCUGCGACAUCAGCGUCAGCCCGUACAAUCGGCGCACGAAGAAGUCCCUGAACGCGAUACUGAACUUCGUCGAGCACCUCAGGCGGAAGCACGACCCCUGCUUCGUGUUCACCGGGCUGUCGGGCUUCCGCUGGUGGUGGGCCUUUUGCAAAAAGCACUCGAUAGUCUCGCUCUACAUCAACGACGAGAACGAGAACGGUGCCGACUCCUCUUAGCGCCGCCGGUCCGUCGCGCGUCGAGACUGAUCGCGGAGAGAGAGAGAGAGAGAGAGAGCGGCCGAAUCUUAUUUCUACUCUGAUCCUAUUUGCUGAAUUGUUUCGUCGCGAGCGCAAUUUCGUUCGGUAAGUCGGUAAAAAUUUGCUCUCUCUCUCCGAGAGAACAGUGAACUCGAUCUUUUUGACGGACGUUGAUUCUCAUUAAAUAAGAAUUGCGCGAAAAUGUAAUCCGAAGUGAGAUUCCGCCAUGUCUCUCUCUUUCUUUCUCGCUCUCUCUCUCUCUUUCUCCUUCUCUCCCGAUUGUCACGACUGCGAGACUCGUCGGCCGAGAAUGCGGCGGUGGUCGCCUUUGCCUCGCGGACGAGAAUGAAGAAAAAUGUGGAAAAUUUAAUGUCCCAGCGACAACGAGUUCAUUCAAGCGACAUUAAGGCAAAGAGAAUACAGUAAGUCGGAUUCGAGCGGCAUGCCGUCGGACGCGUCAUGCAACCUUUAUUUCGCAUCCCCGCUCGUGAUGCGCUCGCAUUCUCGGGCCGUAAAAGAAACGGUGGCGCGUUUAAAGGUGACCGGCGCGUUCUAAGAGAAGGCACUAAAUUCACGACGUCGCAUUCGAUUGUCCCCGAGAUUAAAAUACGCCUUUCGAGAUCGCGUCGCCGAACCAGCCCUCAAAAGGCUCUAAUUAUAAGGAUUUAAGUAAAGAGAGAGAGAGAGAGAGAGAGAGAGAGAGAAACGCGCACAACGAAACGUCUUCCAGCAUCAAACACGUUGGAACAUUUUCACGAUCGCUGUCCUUUUUUUCCCCUUUUUCGAUCCACUUGUAUGAUUCCUCCGGAGCAUGCGCGCGGUACCGACAAUCGACGCGCAAUCCGUAGACUUCAACGCGGAAAAUCGCUGCACAAGCAAGGUCGCCGGAAGAAUUUGCCUGCUAAUUGAAAAUCGAACGCCGCGUUCGCGUCGCGUGCCCGGGCAAUCGCGCGAAAUGAUAACGCGGUAAAAAUCGGGUGGGGACUUUAAUCGGCAAAAAAUGUCUACGUUCGAUUAAAUUUAAUAUCCAUCAGAAUCGAUUGCAUCAACGGCGAUUAGCGGCGGUUAUUCCCUCGCGACAAUAUUCCCCGAUCCUUUUUCUCCCCCCCUCGAUUCUCCAACGCUUCUGAAGUAAUAGAAUUUCCAUGACAUAUUAUACAAUAAGAGGACUCACGUUAAUUUAUUUGCGGAUAACUCGAUUCGCAUUGAGAACGCGCGCGCGAGAAAUAUUUAUACUAAAAGAGACCGGGGAAAUGGAACGGUAGAAACGCGUUGGGAAACGCUUUAAGCGUUUUGUGAACGUUUUCGCGAUUCAGUGCGAUUUAAAAGCGCGCCGUCGAUUCGUCAGGGCGGUCGCGUGUUUAUUUUCUUAUUAGUCGCGAAAUUAAUUGCACACGAGAAAUUCCAUGGUCGGCGCCGGUUGAAAAGGCAAGCAGCGUUUCGCGGAAUAUCUUCGAACGUGUUCGCGCCAAUUUCGGGAGCUUUCCCGCGCUCUUGCGAAUGAUACUCGUGAAUGACUUAGCGUGUAACGAGUUUAGUGCCCUCCACUCAUCUCCGUCUUCCACGUAAUUUAAUCGACGAACACGAUGUGUAACAUUCCGCCUCUUCGCGUAUAUACCACGCUCUGUACAUACCUUCCGAUACGCACAGCGUGUACAGCGAUGGACCGAAUGGUCGCGACACUCUUUUUUUUUUAAUACGAGUUUAGGAACUCGAGAAACGGAUCGGAAACGCUUCGAAAUGGCCGUCGAGUAAGAUGUCCCCCCGGAGAAGAUUUUGAAACGUGAGGGCCUGAGCAGAAUGGCUGUCGUUC